GACAAUCGAUAUGCAACACUAAUUUCAAUAUUUGUCUUCGAUCACGAUUUACGAUUAUUCGUUUGAAGUCGUGGUUGCUGUUGUACGGUAUCCCACUGGCAAAAUUAGAAUUGGAUGAUGUGGGGGUUGCUGUUUUACUUUUUGGACCUGGCCGGGUUGAGUCCUGUGCCAUUCCUAGCAGAACUCAUAGGUACCACUACUCCAGCCUUAAAAUUAUUAAUAUCCAUACUUAUGAGCUACCCAAUAGCAAUACUCUACCAUAAAUAUGUCAAGCAACAUGUAGAAUACAGAAACAUUUAUUUUGCACUCGCUGGUUUGGACAUGGCAUUUUACAACUUUGGGUUAUCUAUGUAUCAUAACUUUAUACCAGCAGUUGUCAUACACUUGACGACUAUGUGCUUUGGUGCUGGAAUGAUAAAUGUGGUUAUAACAUUUAUAUUUAACAUGACCUACCUGCUUGCUGGAUACAUAGUGACAGAAUCUGAGGACUACGACAUAACAUGGACAAUGCCCCAUUGUGUGUUGACUUUAAAAUUAAUAGCACUGUCUUUUGACAUGUGGGAUGGAAGGAAGAUGCUUAAAGGCGAAGAAUUAUCGACAACCAAUAAAAAAACAGCAUUGACUGUGACGCCAACCUUUAUGGAGCUCAUUGGAUUUGUUUACUUCCCUGCUUGCUUUCUGGUUGGGCCAAUAUUUUCCUUCAAACGUUACACCGACUUCAUAAUGGACAAGUUUCCUUUGGAAAAAGAAAGGAAAGUCUACGAAAAACAAGCCCUUUGGAGACUCUUACAAGGAAUCCUGUAUUUGGCCGCCUUCCAAAUUGGAGUUAGCGUUUUCAGCAUGAAGUAUAUAAUGUCUGAAGAAUUCAACGAAACUUCCAUAUUCUAUCGUCACAUGUACAGUGGCCUGUGGGCCCACUUCGCGUUGUAUAAAUACAUAUCCUGCUGGCUGCUCACCGAAGCUUCCUGCAUCCGAUUUGGGCUAUCGUACAACGGCAUUGAGAAUAAAGACGGGAAGAGUGUAUCGAAGUGGGACGGCUGCAACAACAUAAAGCUGCUGCGGUUCGAAGGCGCCACCCGGUUCCAGCACUACAUCGACAGUUUCAACUGCAACACGAACCACUUCGCCGCCGAAUACAUCUAUAAACGGCUCAAGUUCCUCGGCAAUCGUAAUUUAAGUCAAUUUUUCACUUUACUCUUCCUCGCACUGUGGCACGGCACUAGAUCCGGAUAUUAUAUGACAUUCUUCAACGAGUUCAUUAUCAUGUACAUGGAAAAAGAACUGGAACCGAUCAUAACUAAAACUGAACUGUAUCACAAAGUGUGGGCCAAUACGGCAUGUAAGUACAUACUUUAUAUUAUAUUAAAAACUUACACCAUUGUAUUUAUGGGGUGGAGUUUAACUCCGUUCGAUGUUAAGGCAUUCUCAAAAUGGUGGCAGAUUUACUAUAGCUUAUAUUUCUCUGGUUUCAUUCUCUUCUUACCAUGGGCCUUAGUGUACAAGCCGAUGCUAAAAUUUACUAUAAAAUCAUUUCGGCUCGCUCCUGUUUAAGACUCAAUAGAUUUCAUAAUAAUUUUGUUCUACAAAUCAGAAUAUUGGUAGCGGUUCUCAAUAUUUUUAAGUAGUUUGAAUAUAAUAUUUAAAUAAUUUGUAAAAAUGAUUAGUUAAUUUAUAAGAGUUAUAACUGCGAUUAUUUGUGGUUUGCCUUAAGUACAAUUUUCGGUAGUAGAAACAAGUAAAAUUUUAGUGUUGUAGAUAUUAAACAUACAUAUUUGCGCAAAUAAUAGGUUGUUUUUAGUGUAUUCAAAAUUACCAAAAAUACAUUCAGUUUACUUAAACAGUAGAGCUUAGCACUAGUGUAGAAAACUGAAACACGGUCACGUAUUACUCUGUUUGCGUCGGGUAAUAAAAAUUAUAAUUGAAAUGCUGGAUGAUAUAAAAUCGAUGUAUUAGAUUUGAUAAAUAAUUGUCUUAGUAACAAUAUUUUUUUUUACUAAAUAAAAAUUGAAAUUACCCCCAAACAACUCUAAAACGUAAAAAAUAAAAUCGGUUUAUCGUUUGAGUAUAUUAUACGGAAAUUAUAAUAGAAAGAAAAAAAUAAAAACAUUUAAUUGUUCAAAUCAAAAAUUUCAAAAAAUUCAGAUAAUUAUUCAUAACUCGAAAAAUAUGACAAAUCGCGGAACAUAUAUGGGGGUGAUUCGGAUAACCCAAGGAGUGCUCUAUCUCUGGACAUCCGCUUGACACUAUUUUUGGGACACCCUGUAUUUAUGUAUAACAUUUGCUGUUUACGAUUUAUGUUAAAGCGUUCUUAAUAUUUGUAAAUAAUCUGUUAAAUAAAAUACUGCGUCUUACCUUUCCCUGAGAGUUACAUAAAAAAAUCUGCGAUUCAUAUUUUAUUUCCACUAAAGGCUAUACUGAGACCGGUAUAUUUAUUUUUAUAUAAAUCUUCACGCCCCUCCCUGUCCUCAACAAUCUUACAAUACUUAAAAUGCUCCAAAAUUUUUAAAUGCUCUAACACUUGGGUGGACACUAAAGUCUAGGAAUUUAUUAAUAAGUCGGAGUACUCUCUUUGCGACCCAGACGUAAACAGAAGGUAGUUAUAACAUAGACACAAUAUUAAGUGUCAUAACGCUUAUUAUUGUUUACCAAAAUAAUUUUCCUGUUAAACUAAUAUGCUAACCUAUGACUCAUGUUGGUGUAUCAUUUAUUAAGCGUUUCAAUCCUUUUAUGUGUAAUUGAAUAUUUUUUUUCGAUUUUUGUUUGUUUAUUACCAUCGUACCUAAUAAUGGUGCCUCAUAUUAUAGGGCGUUUGUGAAAGCCGCCAAAACGUAAUGUUUUUAGUAAGUUAUAUUUUUAGAAUCGUUUUUAAGCUUGUUUUUAUAAAUGUUUUAACUUUAUGUUUCUGAACUUAUAGUGAAAUGGUUACCUCUGACGGCUCCAUAGUUACUAGUAUAAGUUUAGCCUGCAGUGAAACUAUUAUGAUAAUGUUAUGUCUUGCCCAACUUUGUCAUCCGGUAAGAAUAUUGUCCACGAUAAUGAAAUAUAUAUUUUUUGUGACUAGUCAGUUGUCGGAUAUUGUUGUGUAGCUGUUAUUGCAAUAGCGUUUCAAAACAUUUGUACUUCCCUCUGCAUAAUAUAGGUACUAAUAGCCUCGUUAAUUUAACAUUACAUAAUAAUUGUUCUUAGCCUGGCAUGUUGGUUAUUGACGGAUUUUCAGACUUUAAAGUCUUCACCACACAGGGAGCGAGGCUGGGCGCGACAUUCACGUCGUAUUUUCUUGGCGUAUAUUUACCUUGGCAAUACGGUAGACGCCACACAAAAAAUGCCCCACUUAGUUGGAUGCUGUGGGUUGCGCUAGAACGCGUGGCACCGCUCUAUGAAUUGGGGGCAUCUGGAGAAUUCCUCCAUAGUAUUCCCUGCCUGUCGUAAGAGGACAAUUCGUUUUUGAUGAUAAUUAUAAUAGAUUUCACGCCCCGCUAAGCCUGGUUAACGUGUUCAACACAGUCCCGCGACAUGUGUGAUGUGUGUGAACAGCGCCCCGCUCCUAUCACGAUUUUAUUACGUCAUGCAGAUUAUACACUCAGCUACGCGUCCUGUGUGAUGAAGCUUUAAAACAGAAGGCAGUAUCGAAAAAAUAAACCGACCAUUAUUAUGAUGCCCAAUUUAGAAAUUUACCCAAUUACUAACAGAUACUGUACGCAUACCCAAAUAAAUGCAGGUAUACGUUGACUGGAAGGAGUUGCACGUGCAUAUAUUGUAAUUCCUUUAAUUGUACUUUAAUCGCUUAUACACCCCAGGCCAACUGUACAUACAUACAAAACAUUACACAGAUGCAAGGACGGUAAACGGACAGAAAUAUUUCUUCUCAGAAGGGUGACUUUGCGUAUCGCCUACGCCACAUCACCUAAAUAUAAUAGUGACUUAAGACUAGACAUACCACUUCUUUUAAUCUUCUUACACUUCGCCUUUUGUAUUUUUUCCAAAUGUCAUUAUUGAUGUCUUAUUUUUUCACUCUCUGAUUUUUUUUGGCACAUCUAUGAAAAUCUUUCAGGCGAUAAGUAUGUUACCCUAUAUCACAAUAUGAAUUAUUUGUAAUGUUUACAUUCCUAUUACUUAUUAUGCAUCUCAAGUCUCAAUUAAUAUACUAUUUUGUAAUAUAUCCUUUAUAAAUAUGUAAACGUUAACACAAUUCAAUUAUUGUUAUCAAUUCAUAAUUAAAUUAGCUCAUAACCGAAGUAAAAGUAUUAUAUUUUGUCUACAUAAUAACUAUGCGAAUUACAAAUAAGAUAUAUAUACUGUUCAGCUGCUAGAUAAGAGACCUCCUCUACUACUGAAAAGGAUUAGGCCUAAGUCAACCACGCUAGCCUAGUGCGAAUUGGUAGACUUCACACGCUCAAAAUUCCUGUAGAGAACUUCUCAGGUAUGAAGAUUUCCUCACGAUGUUUCCCUUCACCGUGAAAGCAAACGAUAAAAUAUUUUUUUGUAAAGUCCGCGUGAGCCCUUGGGAUUUGAACCUGCGGACAUUAGUUUGGGCAGACCUUUCCACACCUAACUAGGCAAUCGCCGCUCCUCAAAGAGAAAAUAAAUCAAACAAUAUAGGUUUGAACAUGUGGCAAGGUGUAGUCUGCAAUAGUUACUUAAAUAGCAAGCAUGUAACGGGUUAAUAAACUAUGAUAAGGAAUGGUAUGUAAGUUUAAACUGUUCAAGAAUGAACAAAGUAAGUGGGAGUGCAAAGACAAAAAUCUUAAAAUAUUUGAAGUCAGUAAAACUGACAAUUUUAAUUGUGUUGACGAAUUGUUUUAGGUUUAAUUUUUGUUAUAAAGGCGGCGUGUCGCGUGAAGUGUACAGCGAAAUAAAUAUGACGUUCUAAUAUUCGUUAAUAUUCAGCCUUUAUGCUGUCGUCGUCGAUGCGACCAUGAACUAAUGACCGUCCGCUUCACGUGAUAUGACCCAAAGGCUAUACAGUAGUUUUUACUAGUUUACUGUACUGUGACAUAGAUAAUGAAACAUUUAGUACUUGUAAACUAAUAAUAAAAAAUAAUAAUGUGUAAUAUGCAAAUUUACAUUGUAAUUUAUCGGUCGGUUUUAACCUCUUAAUGAUUAACAGUUGCAGAAGUCCGAAUGAAAUAAACAAGAAAUUCAUGAAAA